CCCCGCCGGACGGAGAGCCGCGGCCCGUCCCCCCGCUCGCCCAUUCCCCGCUGAGGCCGCGGUGCUCGCGUCUCCGCCCGCUUCCUGCGUGAGGGGUGGGUCGAGUCUAAUGAGGGCGGCGCCGAUUGGCUCGGAGAGACGCCCCCCAUCGUCCCACAGCCAAUAGGCGUGCGGGACACUGCGGCGGGUGUGAAGCCGGGCAGAGGAGCACGAUGUUCCUGGUGGGACUCUCGGGUGGGAUCGCAUCGGGGAAGAGCACAGUGGUGGCGGUGCUGCGGGAGCUGGGCUGUGCCGUGAUCGAUGCCGAUGUUAUUGCCAGGCAGGUGGUGCAGCCCCACUCCAAGGCCCAUCAGCAGAUCCUGCAGCACUUUGGCACCGAGAUCCUCCUGGAGAACGGCGAGAUAAAUCGUGAGGCUCUUGGAAACAUUGUCUUCUCCCAGCCAGAGAAACGGCGGCUGCUGAACUCCAUCACCCACCCUGAGAUCCUGAAGGAGAUGCUGAAGCAGGUCCUGAAGUACUUUGUACUCGGCUAUCACUACGUGAUCCUUGACAUCCCUCUGCUCUUCGAGACCCGCGGAUUGACCAGGUUUAUGAAAUACACAGUGCUGGUUUAUUGUGACCCCCCGACGCAGCUGGCGCGGCUGAUGAAGAGGAACGGGUUGGGCGUGGCCGAGGCCGAAGCUCGGAUCAGCGCCCAGCUGCCCCUGGAAGAGAAGCGCAAAUGGGCCACGCAUGUCAUCGACAACUGCGGGGACCGGGAGAGCACCCGCCGGCAGGUGCUGCGCCUGCACGCCCACCUCGAGGAUUCCCUGCAUUUCCUCUGGGCACGCCUGGCCGUGGGCACGGCUGUGGCUGGGCUCGGAGGGCUGGUGUUCCUCCUCAUCCGGCAUUUCAUCUCUUAAUUCACCUUUUCUCUUAGUCAGGGAAGGGGCCUGAAUUUCCCUGUUUGAAAAGGGCAGUGAAAGGCCACCUCUGUUAAUGAGCUUUGCCAGCUGAAUGCAGACAGCGGUAUGAGGCGUCUCCUUGCACGCUUCCCAAGGUGAACACAGCCAGAGCGUUUUUCAGGCACGUUCUCCUUGCUCAGGUUCUCACCCACCAGCUGUGUCUGUGGGAUGAGGCCCUUGUCCCCAUGUGGGUCUCUGUUGUGGGUCUUCAGUAAGCUGAGGCACUUUAAUCGGGUACAAUCUCACCUUAAUCGGGUACAAUCUCACUUUAAUGUCUUCCAGGACAAUCUCCUCCCUAGGGCUGGGUGUCUUUUCAGGCCCUAUUAUUGCCUCCUGUGAUUCCUCAUAGCUCAGCCCUCCUAAUCCAAAUUUUGACUUGGGAUUUCCCCUCUUUCAUGUUGAUUUAAUGAAAACUUGUUAAAUCAGCAAAGGGGAGGACAGCACCUCCUUCACAUGGAUAGGGUGUUCAGAUGGCUGCUCCUCCCCCCUGCCCUCUGUUUCUGUAGCCAUCACUUGUGGGUCAUCCUUGGCUUUGGAUCCGAGGCUCUGAUCCACCUUGUAGCAAGCUGGGCUCUGCCUCGUUCAAACUCAUUUCCUGCUGUAUGAGCUUCCUUCGGCGGCAGUUUCCCGGUGGGAGAGCCGAGUCUGGGCGAGGCGGGUGCUGGAUCUUCACUUUUGUUUUAAUAAAACACUGAACAGCAGCUGCUCUGCA